UGGCCGAUCAUCAGCAGUGGACGACUUCUUGCAUGCCUCACUCCUUCACUCGGUUCCUCUUUAAGGUGCUUUUUAACAUGUUUCCCUCCUCAUACAGCCUCACAGAAAUUCACCACCGAAUAGAUGAAGUCAAAAGGUUCCUGUCUGUGACUCUGAGCAUCGCUAACGCUCACACUGUGGAGUUUUACACUCAGGACGUGUGGCAGCGGUUCAUGGCAGUGUCUCCUGAGGAGGUGCUGGUAGCUGUUAGCUCGUGUAGUGACCAGCAGGGGGCGCCAGAACACAGAGGAACAGAGCAAUCCAGGACCACAUUUGGGUUUUGCAAUGACACAAACCGGCUGGUUGAUAUCGGUGAGCUGCUGCAGGCGGCCCAGGCCCACUCCCUCCCUGGCCUUGGCAUCUGCAUGAGCAGGGAUGAGCUACUGCAGGCCCUCAGAGAGAACAGGUCCGAGUCUGGCGCUCCACCUGCAGAGAUAGGUGCUGAGCUGCAGACGGAUGAGUUCAUGAACUUGAAGAAAUCUCACGAGGUCUUGUCCAUGUCUGAGGUGGUGGCUUGUUUGGCCCAGCGCUGUGGAGUCAAACAGGUGAUAGAUGUCGGCUCUGGGAAGGGCUACCUGAGCUCCUUCCUGUCUCUGCAGUACGGCCUCCAGGUCUACGGCAUCGACUCCUCCAGCACCAACACCCACGGAGCCCAUGAGAGGAACAGGAAGCUGAAGAAGUUCUCCAGGGCGUACCAGAAACGCAGCAAGGCGGGGAGGGCACAAGGCGAGGCCUCACAUUCACCUCAGGAGGAGUCAGGAGAAGUAAAGCCUGGACCAAAUGGAGAUGAUGAUGUGUUAUUUAGUGAUGGGGCAGGAACUGUGUCACAGGAGGAGGAGGAAGUGUUAAUCGGCUCGUCAGAUGUCAACGCCACAGUGGAAAGGCCUUCAGAGCCAGAGGAGCUCUUCCUUAACGCCCUGUCAGUGGAUGUGCUUCAACCUACAUCCCCCAGAGUUCCCGCCAGCCAGCUGAGUGCCGAGGAGAGGGAGAGGAGGAAGAGGGAGAACCUGGAGAGGAAAGCUCAGAACAGAACCGCCAGCGCCAGCAUCGUGUUUUCACCCCUCACCUCAUACGUUACUGCGGAAACGGAGCUCCGAGAGCUCAUCGGCGAGCUGGAGGAUGCGGUCAUGGUCGGCCUGCACACGUGUGGUGACUUGGCUCCCAGCACCCUGAGGAUGUUUGUGGCUAAAGCGGAGCUGGCCGCAGUCUGCAGCGUGGGUUGCUGCUAUCACCUGCUGUCUGAGGAGUUUGACCCUGCCGGACAGGAGUGUUUGCGCGGCAUGUGUGGGUUCCCUCUGAGUCAGUACCUCCGCGACCAGUCCUGGUUCUGCGGCAGGAACGCCAGGAUGUCGGCGUGUUUGGCACUCGAGAGAGUUUCACUCGGCCAAGGGAUUCAGAUGGAGUCUCUGUUUUACCGGGCGGUCCUGCAUGUUAUUCUGAGGGAUCACUACAGCUCCUUUAAAAGUGAAAAGCGAGUUGGGAACGUCUAUUCCAAGGCUAAAUCCUUUGUGGACUACGUUCGUCGAGCUCUACGCAGACUGGAACUGGAUGAAUUGAAGCUCUCUGACAGUGACAUCCAGAGUUAUCACGACACAUAUAGACCGCGAAUGGGCGAGAUGCACGCUUUUAAUUUGUUGAAGGUGACCCUGGCUCCCUGUAUUGAAGGUCUGCUUCUCCUUGAUCGCCUCUGCUACCUGAAAGAACAGGAGGAUUUAUCAUUCUCCGCACUGGUGCAACUCUUUGAUCCCCUGCUGUCGCCGAGAUGCUAUGCCGUCGUCGGACUGAAGAGUUAUGGAGACAGAAAUUCACGUUGAUGAACUUAUACAUAUGCGCAUGAUUAUAAUACGCUGCUGAGAGGUCAUGAUUGUACAUGAUUAUAUCAGCAAUCAUUGAGUGAUUGCAUUAUGUAUGUGUCCUCUCUUGCGUGUUAUGAUUUAAUCUAAAUCUUGUAAUUUAUUUACGCAGCGUCUGCAUCGCUUUCAGCAACAUCUUGUUUUGUUUUAUAUGCUUUACUGUUUUCGAUGAAAAAUAAAUCUUCGGUACUUUUAGCGUUUAGUCCUUGACUGUGCUCGUCCUCGUGAAAACACAUGCUCUAAACACAUGGAGAAACUGUCAGCCCUGUUUGAAUGUCCUGAUUGAAUUGUAUCCAUCGCAGCCUUUUGUCUUUAUGUUUCAUGACUCCUGAGAAAAACCCUUGUUUUUAAGGGCCGUUCAGGGAGCCGGGGUCAUUGUGGGAUUUAGGGAUGCUUGGAUCCCCCUCUGUUGACAGGUCUGGAAACCCCAUUCCUAGGCUCCCAAACCGGAGGAAGUCGGGGGAAAGAUAGACGGGGCAAGAGGCGCCCUUGACCCCAUUUAAUCUUUACUUGUGUUUUGCU